AUGCUUCAAGUGAGGAAUUUCCAAGUGAAGAAACGGGGAUUCUCUGCGAGUAGUUCGACUAGAGGGGAUAAAGGUACCCCUCCCAAGUUUGGAAGGGGAGCCGGAGGAGGAAGACUACCAGGAAUGGCACGAGGGACUCCGCCAAGGGGUGGUCACAAUGGACGGGGCCCACAGAGAAGUGCCUCACAGGGAAGUUCAGCCUCGAUUUCUCGUGGACCUUGUGGAUUUUAUGGGAAACCAAAUCACACUGAGGAUAACUGUUGGAGGAAAGAGAGGAAAUGCUUACGCUGUGGGAGUGCGGAGCAUCAAAUAGCCAACUGCCUGGUGUUACCUCGGGAGGCGAGAAUAACCACCCAAUCGUCGAAGGCCAACUCGCGGCAAUCCAAGGUGGAAGGGACAAAGCCGAAGGUGCCAGCUCGGGUAUACUCCCUUGAGCAACAUCAAGUCCCUGAUUCCUCUGGGGUCGUAGAAGGUACGAUCCCUGUUUUUCAUCGUCUAGCCAGGAUUUUGAUAGACCCCGGUGCUACCCAUUCAUUUGUUAACCCCGAUUUUAUGUGUGACAUUGAUAUAAAACCUGUUAGCUUGCCUUAUGACUUAGAAGUUAGUACUCCUACGGGGGAACAACGUUUGAUUACUGGUAUGAUGUAUGCUAAUUGUGAAAUUUGGGUAGGAGAGAGGAAACUUUUGGGGAAUCUUAUAAGUUUAGCUAUUAAGGGGUACGACGUUAUAUUGGGUAUGGACUGGUUAGCUAAAUACGAUGCACAACUUGACUGUAAGAGAAAAGUAGUGGAAUUUCGUAUACCAGGGGAGGCGACCUUAAGGCUAGAUGUAAGAGGUAGUUUAGCCUCAUCUGCAUUGAUUUUGGGUAUUCGAGCUAGGCAACUACUGCAUAAAGGGGCGCAAGGGUUCCUAGCUUCUCUUAUAAACACUCCCACUGAUAAGUUGAGGGUUGAAGAUGUGUCUGUAGUGAGUGACUAUCCGGAUGUAUUUCCUGAUUAA